AUUUGAACUGUUGAACUGUGUAGUUUAUGCUAAAAACUAACCAACUAGCUAACUAGCUAGUACUUUCAGAUUAAUUUAGCUGAGUGACAUGAACCGACUUGUCAGCAGUAACCUUAAUCGUAGCUACAUUCCGCUUCUGUUCAAGUUGCUUCGCUUGCUAACAUUAGCCACUGCCUCAAGCGAUACAUCCAUCUGAUAAUUGACUAACGUUGGAGUCCUGCUGCUUACGGACAAUGUUAACUGUGAUAGUAGAUAACAGCCAACCAAACCUAUAUUUGCGAAGGUAUUUAAAAAAAUUGACGCCUUGAACCGCAACAACUUCGAUAACCAGCUAGCAAAGAACACACUCAGUUGGCAGUUUUUGAAUGGCAUUUUCUCACAACGUUACUGCUCUCUGUCCAUCAGAGCGCCAGAAAAAAAAAGCUGGUGACCGUUAACGUUUUUUUAAGCUGUAACGUUUAUAUAGACCAUUUGACGGUUGUAAUCAUUCUAAAUGGCCCCAAGGUAAUUUCCUGUUGCAGUGCAUAGAUAUAAAUACGUAUAUGGUUGCAGUUAACCCAAUACAAUGAGGCUGGUCAUUCUGGACGACUAUGACCUGGCCAGUGAGUGGGCAGCAAAAUACAUCCGCAACAGAAUCAUCCAGUUCAAGCCCUCCGCUGAUAGAUACUUCACUCUGGGCCUACCUACAGGGAGUACUCCCUAUGGCUGUUACCAGAAGUUAAUUGAAUUCUACAGAAGUGGAGAUAUUUCAUUCAAAUAUGUGAAGACCUUCAACAUGGAUGAAUAUGUAGGCCUACCUCGUGCUCAUCCAGAGAGCUAUCACUCUUACAUGUGGAACAACUUCUUCAAGCACAUCGACAUUGAUCCAGCCAACGCUCACAUCCUGGAUGGGAACGCAGAGGACCUGGAGACUGAGUGCCAGGCCUACGAGCAGAAGAUCGCAGAGGCUGGAGGAAUUGAGUUGUUCGUAGGAGGUAUUGGCCCUGAUGGUCACAUAGCGUUCAAUGAGCCCGGUUCCAGCCUUGUUUCCAGGACCAGAGUGAAAACCCUAGCUAAGGAUACCAUUGUGGCCAAUGCUCGUUUCUUUGGCAACGACCUCAACAAGGUUCCGACCAUGGCUCUCACUGUGGGCGUCGGAACUGUCAUGGACGCCAAGGAGGUGAUGAUUCUGAUCACGGGAGCACACAAAGCCUUUGCUCUGUAUAAAGCCAUAGAGGAGGGAGUGAACCACAUGUGGACCGUGUCAGCAUUCCAGCAGCACCCGCGCACCAUCUUUGUCUGCGAUGAAGACGCCACCCUGGAGCUACGGGUCAAAACCGUCAAAUACUUCAAAGGUUUACUGCAUGUCCAUAACCGACUGGUGGACCCGGUGCUCAGCAUAAAGGACCAGUGAAAGGGAGAAGAUCACAGAGUGCGCUGAAGAUACUACGGACAUGAAAGGACCGCCUUAUUACUCUGUUACUGUUCCAUAUCGGAGAAGCUGUUGAGCCAGUGUUUGAAUGGCUGUCCUGACCGUAGCAUGUUGCUCAUGCGUAGACCUGAACGGCCUUUGGAUAAUGUCACCAGUAAUUAAUGAUGUAAGGAGAUACUCCCUCUGCGGUUCUUUAUUUAAAGGGAUAGUACCAGUUUACUUUUUUCUAAACACUGCUCUGGGUCUUGGUUGGCCCUCUUCUUUUUCAAUCAGUAUGAUUCAUGACAGUAGACAUAAAGCCUUAAUUUAGUUUGGUGUGCGAAGUGAAUCCACACAGUCUCUGUUCUCUGUAAAUGAACCUGUACAGAAUAUAUUUGAUAACUUUUUUUUCAUCAGUUUCAUCCCCCAAUUAGUGAUGGGACAGAGGAAGCAAAUACUGCGUGUUUAUUGGUAAUAUCGAUAACACUUUACUUGAAGGUAUCGACAUAAUCGUGACAUGACACUGUCAUAACUAUGACAUAACACUGUCAAGUCAU